ACCUGACCGCUCGCGCCGCAGUUGGGCCGCAGCCCUCUCCUGGAGCGGCUGGGCCUGGGGCAGCGGGAGGAGAGAAGGUGUGAGGCGGUGCUGGCCGUACCCUCUGGCCGACUGGCCCGCAGAGAAGCGGCAGCAUGUACUAAGAUUUGAAGAACAGAAGCAUGCUUUCCAUUGAGACUUACACUACCAUUUGUGAUACAGAAUGUCUCUAAGUGAGAAGAACAGUGUGGUUUUUGCAUAUGAGUCUUCAGUACACAGUACCAAUGUACUUCUCAGUCUUGAUGAUCAGAGAAAGCAAGAUAUUCUCUGUGAUGUUACUAUUUUAGUGGAAGAUCAGCGAUUUCGGGCUCACAAAGCUGUGCUUGCAGCUUGCAGCAGUUACUUCCUUUCGAGAAUUGUGGGCCAGGUGGAUGCUGAUCUUAUCAUCACUUUACCAGAAGAGGUAACACUCAAAGGAUUUAGUCCUUUGCUUCAGUUUGCAUACACAGCUAAACUUAUUUUAAAUAAAGACAAUGUGUCUGAAGUUUGCAAAUGUGCUGAAUUUUUGGGUGUACACAACAUUGAAGAGUCUUGCUUUCAGUUUCUCAAAUUCAAAUUUUUGGACUUCAAAUUGGAUCGGCAGGAGUGUCCUAGAAAGAAGUGCUGUACACAGCGUUGUCAGAAAACAGCCCCUAAAACUGGCAAUGUGGAUGAUGGAGACCUAGAGAUUGAUGAAACAGAGCUUUUAGAAAAGGAGUGUGUUCCAACUCCUGACACAAAUCUCUGCAAAGGUGAAGAAAACCCUAAGGCAUCACCUGCUCUCCAAGAUAAUCCCAGUCAAGUGUGUGAUCCUGUACAUUUAGAAAGGGGUAGUGUUUCCAGCUUAUCUUCCCAAUGCCCAAAGUAUAGGAAAUUCCAGAAAGCUUUUGGAAAUGACAAAGUCCACACUUCAGAACCCAGUUAUAGUGUUAAAGACAUUCAAGUGCCACCAAUUGCAGCUUUUCCUGAGAAGGAAAUAACCGAUAAUGAUGGCAUACAAAAAGCUCAGGAAUGUGUACCUAUGCAGCUGGUCUCAAAAUGUGAAGAGACUCAGGUAAAAAUGGAAGAAGGGGAGGAAGGCACUGAGAAAAAAGAAGAGUCAAGGAGCGAUUCUGUGACUCAGAAUGUGUUGUGUCCUGUGGAGAAGAUGGAUCUUGCUGCUUUCCCUCCAAACUCUGCUUCACCUCAUGGACUCACUUCUGUGUCUUUUUUAAAUACUUGUGAACAAUAUGGUAACUUGAAUUUCAGUAGUAUGCAAAACAACACAAUGUUAGCUGAAAAGGUUGUAUCAGGUACAGGAGUUGGGAAUGACAAAAUUGAAAGUCAAGGUGACAUCCCUUCAAAAGUCGAUUUCUGCACUAGGGAAGCCACUAGCAUUACAUUAUCUGGUGAUCGAAGCAGUGUGGAGAGAGAGGUAGCAGAACAUCUAGCAAAAGGAUUCUGGAGUGAUAUUUACAGCACAGAAGCCUGCCAAAUAAAUUUACCACCUGCUGUUUCAAAGGAGUGCUUAGAGCCAGUGUAUUCAGGGAAAAAAUCAGAGUGUCCGUGGCUGGGUAUCAGGAUUAGUGAAAGCCCCGAACCUUGCCCUCAGCGAACUUUUACAACACUGAGUUCUGUCAACUGCCCCUUUAUAAGCAACCUUGGUACUGAAGGAUGCUCCAACACCUCUGAAACAAGCAGUGGAGAUUAUGUUCAAGGACAGCAGCAAGAGCAGUGUCCCUAUAAUUAUGUGAUAAGUCUGGGAGAGGAUUCAGAGACUGACACCGAGGGAGACAGUGAAUCCUGUUCAGCAAGAGAACAAGAAUGUGAGGUAAAACUGCCAUUUAAUGCACAAAGGAUUAUCUCACUUUCUAGAAAUGAUUUCCAGUCAUUUCUGAAAAUGCAUAAAUUAACUCCUGAACAAUUGGACUGCAUCCAUGAUAUCCGAAGACGGAGUAAAAACAGAAUUGCAGCACAGCGAUGUCGCAAGAGGAAACUUGACUGCAUACAAAAUCUGGAAUCUGAAAUUGAAAAACUGCAAAAUGAGAAGGAGAACUUGUUGAAGGAAAGAAACCACAUUUUGUCAACUCUGGGUGAGACGAAGCAGAAUCUGACUGGACUUUGCCAGCAGGUGUGUAAGGAAGCAGCCUUGAGUCAUGAGCAAAUACAAAUACUUGCAAAAUAUUCUUCCUCGGAUUGUCCGCUUUCCUUUUUAUUCCCGGAGAGAGAGAGAACAGCUCCAUCUGACAGUGAGCCUCCAAUACCAGCGUGUAUGGAACUAGAAGAUGGUCUUUCAGGUGUUACAUCUACAAGUGAGCAGAGUUCUUGUUAUCAGUGUGUGAAAAGUGUCUGUGAUGCAACAAGCAAUCAAGUACAAGAGCUGCAUCCAGUUCCUGUAAGAACAUUAGAGAAAACUUCACUGUUGGAACAGUGUGGACAGAGCAGUGGUAUCACAGACUUCUGUCAGCAGAUGACUGACAAAUGCACUACAGAUGAGUGAAUCUAUCCUCUUCCUGUUGCCAGCCUCAACGUUGCAACUAAAGGAUUGAGCAUUAUUGUAAAGUAACUUACUAAAUGAAAGAAAGGAUGAAACUUUAUCUUUUGAACUACAUUGACAAUUAUGUUGUCAUUGUAUUACUUGUCAAGCUUUGGGUUUAUUCUGUGUAGUUCUCGAGUGUAAUUUGUGUGUGUGUCAGCCUUGGAAAUUUUUCUGUGUGGUGAUGGUAUGGACAGUUGAGGAAAGUUGUUGGAAAGUAUAAAUUCUGUGCACAGGUGUUUAUUUCUGAAGAAGCUUUUAUUCAGGUAUAGACCAACCUUCACUCUGACUUAACGCCACAAUAUCCAAUGCCACUCUACAUCUCAAGAAAAGCCUAACAGAUGUUUAUGCACAAUGACUUCUGCACCUGGAAUACUUACCUUUUAAGAUUUCUUUUUUCCUAGUAGACAAACCCUAAGAAAGUUUAUACAACUCUGUAGAGAUUUAUUUUGUAGAUGAGGUAGGGUAACAUGACAGUAUAAGGAGAUUUCCAGAGCACCACCUUUCAGAGACAGAAGCUCAUUGCUUCCUGCUGUUGCCAUCCCUGAUCCAGAGCCAGCUUUCGCUGAAUAUAAGCCUCCAGUAUGCAGUUAAAACAGCUGAAACAGUGAAGGUGCUUCAGCAUAGUGCUCUCUUCUCUAAAUUUUGUGAGAGGAAUAACAGUGUAGUGGGAAAGAUGGAAGUCUGAUGCAAUUCUUUAAUUGGUGUGCAUCAGGUCCUCUGGCAUCUGAAUCCCAUAUGCUUGUUAAAAUUUGCUUCUGUUUGUGACUUACCUUUAAGUCACAAACCUUUAAGUACCUUUAAGCUCGCUGUUCUUUAUGGUGAGUUGGAAUCUAACUAUUGUGAAAUCUUAAGGACAGGGGUGUGCACUGUGGUGUUUUGGUAUGUUGUGUUGUUUGGGUUUUUUUUGUUUGUUUUUGUUUUGUUUUGUUUUUAUUAAGGUAUCCAGGCACCAAAUUCUUCAGCUGCAGUGCCUAAUUGCCUAAAGUAAUCUACAAAUAUAUUUGUUCUCAUCACUGGGACCAGAAACAUCUAUUGAAUUUUCGUUUUCGAGCUAAAUCUGUAGUGUAUUUUGAAUGGCUUGUGCUGUAAGUAUAAAUUCAUAAAAAGGAUGAUAAGGAAAUGACCUGGAUUUCUUUCAUGUACUUUGCAAAGGACAAGUGCAGCCACUAAAACUAAUCUGUUUUUUGGGUUUUUACAUGGUGAUAGAUGCAUAUUGUAUACCAAUGAUGCUUUGUUAUUUAGAUGUAACUCUCACACCAGAACAAAGUAUUGAACCUCACCACAGAAAAUUUUGAUUUUGCUGGUUUACAAAACGUGAAGAAUCUUGUACAAGCCAGUGGAAUUCUUCAUUUCCUACCUCAGAAUGUAUAUUAGCUUCUUGUCUUUUGUGUGCAUGUACAGUAGGCAGCAGCUAAGCAAAAAGGACUGUUGUAAAUACUGUUUUGCAGUUUUAUCUUGCAGUGAAACUUGUUCUUGGCAAGGCUCUUUCUGUUUUUAUCUUUACUCCCCCUCCCUCUAUUAAUAUAGCAUUAAUGAAUAUUUUAAGAAUAUUAAGCCGCUUAUUUAAAACAAACCUUUUUAAAUUGACAGAUUUCAACAGUACUUCUCAUAACCAGCAUGUAAUACAAGUGACUACACUACCUCACCUAUGGAAUUGGAAGUUGAUUUAAAUCUAUAGUAAUACCCUUGGUUUUUCAUCAAUAUAAUUACUACUUUUAAGGGAAAAAAAUAAUGGACUAUAGCUUGUAUAAACCACAGUGCUUACAGUAAUGAAAAUUCAGAAACAAAUACUACAUGGCAGAUAUUACAAGAGUUCUACUGCUUUGGAUAUAUUUUCAGGUAAUUAAAUUCUUUGAAAUCAUUAUCAUUUACAUAUGUUGAUUAUAUAUAUGUGUGUGUAUUACUCAUGAAGCAUUCUGGUUUUUUUGUCCAGUGUCUGUAUAUGCCUGGUUAAUUUAAUCUUGCCUCUCUCCCAUGCCAUCCUGGGCAGUAUUUUGCUUAUAAGUCUGGAUUUAAUUUAAAAACCAAAUCAAGAAGAAACAAUAAAACAAAAACCAAACCAGAAAUCCCUAAACCUCUCUACUAUCCAUAUAUAAUAUCACUUAAAGCUGGUGAUACUUUGAAAUGACGUGGAUAAUGACAUUAACACAUUGUCCUAAUAGUACUCAUACUUUGAAAUGGAAUUCCUUGGGAUGAUUGUUUGCAGUAAAGAGGUGGAGCAUGUGUCUAGAGAACGACUGCUGGGGAGCUUGAAACCUGUCCAGUGACCCAGACCCCCAGCACCCCUGGUGCUAUGGAUAUUGGUAAACAAGGUCAGUGGUUGCCAAGUUUAGAGGCCUAAAUAUCCACCAAAGAGUUGUACUCCACAGCUGCAGUCCGGUGAUGUCAGGAUCUGAAUUCUACCCAGCAAAUGGUUCAGGACUUCCAAUGCAAAAAAACAUGAUUAUCAUUUACCAAUGAUAAAAUUCAUGUCAUGUUAUUAAAUCUUUGGACUUGAUGAAGUCUGAGGGUAGGUUUUUGCCUAACUGGCUGCAUCUAAAUAAAUUUUAAACUAUUUAUUUAAUACACUAGACCUACAAGUUGCAUGUUGACUUCCGUAGCCUAUAUCAUCAACUUGGAAAAGUUAAGAAUUAAUGGUAAUUUUAUGAUACAGAAUUCUCAGGUAAAUGUUUUGGAGGGGUUUUUGUUUGUGUCUUUUUCAGUAAAGAAAUACUCGAUUUUGAAAUUGUAAAAUCCUUUGUUAAAAGCAUGUUUUAAAAUACCUUGGACAGCCUGUCUUAAAGCCAUAAGAGUAUGGUGGCAUACAGAUUGUAAAAUAAACAGAUAAUUACAGCAGUUGAUUUUGUAUCUUUCAUAAUUCAGUAUUUUUUAAGACUACAAUAAAAACCACUAUCCUUUCUAUAAA